AUGAAGUUUACAUCUUACUUAGCUACGGGUUUACUUUUAACCACUAGCUGUAUUGCUACUCCGAUGGCACUUCCUGUUCCAGACUCUAAAUUUGAAAUUCAAUUAGUUGAUGACGGAAUAUUUGAAAGGGAAGCAACUGAACUAAUCAACCAAUUCAUAACUAAAUUGAAUGGAAAUCUCGACUUGUCGAAGAGAGAUGAAUCUACUAUAGCUAAUAUUUUAAUUCAAGUGAAUAAAUCGGGUAUAAUUUUUGAACUUUUGGACUAUGUUGCAGAUAGUGAUUCUAUUAUCAAUACUAUAUCAAAUGCUACUGAAAAUCUAAUUUCUGGUGUCAAUAUCAGUCUGUUAUUGAGUGGUGGAGGACUGUCAUCAUUGCUUAGUUCUCUCAAUCUCACCCAAAUUCUUGGCGUCGUUCAGGAUUCUGGAUUAUUGCAAUCUAUACUUGAUGGUACUUUGCUUGAUACUAGCUUCCAACCAACUAUUGCUGGCAUCAUUGAAAAAGCAGUCAGAGCAAAUGAAGGUCUUCUUGCAAUGAUUUUCAAUACCUAUUUGAAACCAGCCUCAAAUUCAAAGAGACAGUUAAAGGCCGUAACUUCUGAUGGAGCUAUUGUAUUUUCUCCUAGUGAAUCGAGUGCUGUUGAUUCCAUUCAGUCUCAACUUUCGACUGCUUCAAUCACUUCUUUAAUUUCUUCCGUUGCUUCAAGAGUAUCUACUGCAGGAACCACUUCGAAAUCAGCAGCCACUAGUUCAGUAAAAGGAACCACUUCUACUACAAAGGCUAGUGCCACAGUGUCUGCUGGAAAUUCUUCGUCUUCCUCAUCCGCUGCCUCCUCCACUGCCUCCUCCACCGCUGAUACUAGUGGAUCUUUAAGUUCAUUUGCUGGCAAUAUUGCUGGAGAAGUUUUGGGAUCUCUGGUUUUCAUAGGCACACUUAAUGACACGCUUGUGGCCUUAAAUGACACAGGUGUCGCUCUUUACAUUAUCAAAAGGAUUCUUUCAACUGAAUCUUAUAUUGACAUGUUUGGUACGAUCAUCAGUAAUGUUAUGUACUCAGGAGCCCUUAAUGUUACCGCUCUCACAUCAUCAGUCAACAUAACACAGCUUCUUGACAAAUACUUAGAUGAUCCAGAAAAACUUCUCGGAUUGGCUUCUUCAGUUCUCUCUAGCAACAGUUCGUCCUCGCUGUCGUCAAGUUCUCCUGACUACAAAGGAGCUUUAGAAAAUAUUGUUUCUAUUAUGGAAAAUGAUGGACUUUUCGUUGAAUUGAACAGUUAUCUUUUCCCAAGUUCUUCCACUGCUGGUAAUAAAGCUGUUGCAACUUCAACGUUAUCUACAUCCACCAGUGGAAGUACUUCAACCGGUUCUUCAUCUACUUCAUCGAAAGCCGAAGGAAGUAGCGUUAUUAUUCCAGGCUCCUUCAUCAGUAUCAUUUUAGGAGGUGCCUUAUUUUUCUUAUAA